AUGGCGGACCUAGAGGCUGUGCUGGCCGACGUCAGCUAUUUGAUGGCAAUGGAGAAGUCGAAAUGUACUCCUGCAGCACGGGCCAGCAAAAAGAUAGUCUUACCUGACCCAAGUGUCCGUAGCGUGAUGCACAAAUACAUGGAGAAGAAGAACGAGGUUAAUUUCGACAAAAUAUUCAAUCAAGUCCUAGGUUAUUUAUUAUUUAAGGAAUUUUGCGAACAGACGUCUGACGAACCAGUGCCACAAUUAAAAUUCUAUGAAGAGAUAAAGUUAUAUGAGAAACAGGAGUGCGUUGAGGAGAGACGAAGAAUCGCGAGGGAUAUAUACGACAAUUUUAUAAUGAAAGAACUUUUAGCACACUCGCAUGACUAUUCCAAAGAAUGUGUAGCUCACGUUCAAAAAUAUUUAAUGAAACACGAAGUACCGCCAAAUCUAUUCGAGCCUUACAUCGAGGAAAUAUUUCAACAUUUGAGAGGGGAACCGUUUAAAAAUUUCUUAGAAAGUGAUAAAUAUACGAGGUUUUGUCAAUGGAAAAAUUUAGAACUAAAUAUACAAUUGACGAUGAACGAUUUUAGCGUGCAUCGUAUUAUUGGAAGAGGGGGAUUCGGUGAAGUGUACGGAUGUAGAAAAGCCGAUACCGGUAAAAUGUACGCCAUGAAAUGUUUGGACAAGAAACGCAUCAAGAUGAAGCAAGGCGAGACUCUAGCACUCAACGAGAGGAUCAUGCUCUCACUAGUCAGUACCGGGGUGGACUGUCCUUUCAUAGUGUGUAUGACGUACGCGUUCCACACACCAGACAAGCUCUGCUUCAUAUUGGACCUCAUGAACGGUGGUGAUCUUCACUAUCACCUCUCCCAGCACGGCGUAUUCAAUGAAGCUGAAAUGAAAUUCUAUGCAGCUGAAGUAAUAUUAGGUGAUAUAUUUAUAUACUAG